UUGUUUAUUUGGCUAAAAUUAGUGCAAGUUGGAUUAGAAUAAACAAAAUUUGUGGAAAAAGUUUAGGCAAUAUUAUGGAACUAAACGAUUACAAUGGUUUCGAAGACCAUUGUAAGAAUAAUGAAAUCGAUUUAAAGGUGAAAUUUGUUCAAAAAGAAUCUCACAGUAUUGAUACAAUGGAGCAAAUUAUGCAACGCAAGGAGCAAGAAUUUAUAGAUCAUACAUUGCUGGCUCCAGAGUACAUGAGGGAUCCCAAUCAUUUCAUAAUGGACUUGAUGAAUUUUCCGAAAACCGAAGCCGGUACUCAUAAUAAUGGUGAUAAUUUAACUACAGAUUUACACUUCCACAAUAGUUUAUUUCCCGUGGGCACCGAUAGUCACCAGCACCCAAAUGAGCCUCGCAAGUCGCCACCAAAUUCAGUGUUUAUGCCUUUAAAUAAUGAUUUUCUUAUGCCGGUUCAAAAGUCGUACAAUACAACAGUUAAUUCGGUGACCACCGAAGAUGAGAAUGGUGUAAAAGUCGUACAGCAAUUAUUAUUAACCGAUUCUAAUGUCACUUUGGAUGAUAAUUCCAUAGAUGGCGACUGUGAUUUAACACGUUUCAAUUCCCGCAAAGUCUUGCCCCAUAAAAAACGCAUUUCCCGCAAACUAAAAAUCCACCACUGUGAUUCAGAUUUACAACUGAAUGUGCCGCUAGACGAUCAUAAAUUGCCACAUGUUGAUCAAUUGGUAGUGGGACCUGGCAGUAUGCAGCAAUUUCGUUGUGAACUUUGUGGUCACGUCACCUGUUCCCAACUGGAUUUUUUUGCCCAUCUCAAACAACACUAUGAACCUUCAACUCCAGACACAAUAUUGGCUGCUAUGAAAACCUCACUGGAUGUUUUGGGGCCAGAAAAAACAGCGGAACAUUUAUGUGCCAUUAAAAAGACUGACGGACUUGAUGAAGUCUUCCAAGACGUUCAUUUUCCAUUUGAAAACUUUACACAAACGGGUGAAGUUGUUUCGGUACGUGUGGUAAUGGAUCCCCAACAUGGAACUGAUGCCAUGGGAGAAACAUCUCUUAAUGUGGCAGCUGCUAGUUUACAACAACACAAUCAACCUCACCAGCAGCAGCAACAACAGCAAACAACACCAAAUCUAGUGCCUGAAGAAUUUAGCGAUACUGAAGACAUGCUAGAAGGAAUAAGGGAUAAAGUACUAAUAGAGGAUACUUGUGAUACAAUGGAUCUAAUGACACCAACUUCAAAUGGUUUAAGGCCACAUUGGUUUACAAACAAUUGUUUCAACGGCAUCGAUUUGAAAACGAAACCAUUUUGUGACGUUUUAUUUUCUGGACAAUUUGCUCCCAUUUUAAAUACCGAUCCCACGGUGCCUCUCAUGCCAGCUGAACCUCAUUUAACAACGGGCAAAAUGAUGCAUAGAGAAUUGGAGCCAAAUCCAACUGAAUUGCAACCGCCUGCUCCAAGUGCACAGGCACCACCGCUAUCACUUACAGAACCAGUACAAAAUGAAGCAGAUUUACCAUUGCAAUUUGCUCACUCCCAACCAUCUUUGCUUCAUAACGACCACUGUUUAAAUCAUGAACAUCACCAAGUUCCCCUACAGCCUCACCUAAAUGAGCUAAAUGAACAGCAACUCCUACAAGCACAACAUAUUAAAAUUGAAGAAACGCCCCCUCAUAUCAACGACAUUCCCUACCAAAAUUCCGAAGACACUUUAAGUGGAAACGAGCUCGAGCCAGAUGAGCCAGAAGAUCUUCAUGAAGCAAAUGAAGACACCGAAGAUGAGUACAAUUCUCAUUUAGAACAAGAUCACGAAAUUAUACCCUAUAACCAUGUGAAAACCGAAGAUUGUGAUGAAAGUGUGCUCGAUGACAAUGGCGAAGAGAUUUGUUUGGAAAACGAUCAUAACAGCGAAAAUGGUAAACGCAAACGUUACAUCUGCAAUAAAUGUCAACGUAUUUUCAAUUCCUGCAAUGCACUCAAAUAUCAUAAUCGCACACAUUCCGGUUUAAGACCACAUCAAUGUGAGAUUUGUGACAAAUCAUUCUUUGCCAUUGGUGCCCUGAAAGCUCAUACACGCACUCACACUGGUGACAAGCCCUUCGAAUGUGAACAUUGUGAUCGCAAGUUUAGACAAUGGGGCGAUCUCAAAUAUCACACGAUUUCCAUACACAGCAACGAAAAGAAUCACCAAUGUGAAUUUUGUGGCAAAGCUUUUUCACGCAAAUACUCGCUUGUGGUGCAUCUGCGUAUACACACGAGUGAGAGAAAUUAUAAGUGUGAAUUUUGCACGAAAACAUUUCGUGCCAGUACGUAUUUGCAAAAUCAUCGUAAAAUUCAUACCGGCGAAAAACCCUACGAGUGUGAUGUUUGUUCAAAACGAUUUCGGGUCUCUGGUGAUUUGCGUCGCCAUCAACGCAUCCACGAGCGAAAAAAACAAAAGCAGGAGUUAUUGAAGAAAGAUAAAAAGGAGGAAGAGGUUCAAUAGAACAACCUUAUGCUUCACACACAGUCAUUAUUUUUAAUUUCAUAUUUUAUUAUGAAUUUUUAAUUUAUUAUUUUAAACAAACAUAACAACAUUAGUAUUACACUUUUAACACAAAAGUGCAUUAAGCGGAAAUUGUACAGUUUUAAUUGUAGUCAAAUAAAUAAGUUUUAUAUUUUAUGAGAACAACAUUAAACAUA